AACUUAUUAAAUAGUUGUUGUAAUGGUGUGUAGUAGUUCAGCUUGCUUUUUGCUUCUAUCGCUCUACUCAGUGUUUUUUGAGAUGACUCAUUGCCACGAGGGACCUCACGAGCCUUUGAACAUGGACCAGAUCAGAACAAAGUUUGAGAAACUUAGAAAAGGAGAUCUGGACUCUGAAGACGACCACAUCAAGGAGCACCUGGAGGAGAUCUCUCGGAUCCCGGAGGAGGAGAUGACGAGGGAGCAGAAGCACUUCCACUACUUCAUCCUCCACGAUACAGACAAGAACUACAAGAUAGACGGGCUCGAGAUACUACACGCCAUGUUCCACAGAGAUACAACUUUGGAGUGGAAUUCCAAGGAAAUGUUAGGCCUGGUGGAUAAUCUGCUAGGCGAGCGAGACAGCAACAAUGAUGGCUUCAUCGACUACUACGAAUUCAGGACCAUGUUGACCAUUUAGCCUCUGUCUGCUAAGCAGAAAGUUUAGUUUAGCAAGUGCACUUACCAUAUCGAAAAGCACCUUUCAUUUAUCAAUCGAUAUCGAUGCCUUCUUACCUAGUUGUGUACAUUAACAGAGCUAUAUAUUCAGUUGACUAGCGAUGCUCAUUUGCUCUGCAGUCAUUAGGUUUAUUGAAAUGUGAGAGAAAUUGGAGAAGAACUUACGAAGCUUGUAUAAUCAAGUUCCCUAUCCGAAUGUGAAGUUAUGCUACCCUAGUCGAACUCGAAACUUCCAGGCGCUUGUAUAUUCAUUCAUAAGGCUAUCAGAAUCUUGUAAGGCAUCGUACA